AUGUCAUGAGAACGUAGAAAGUUGUUUUUAUUUCAUUUAGGUCUAGGCUAUAGUUCGAAUAAAAAUAACGAAAGAUUUUCAAGUUCGAAGUUGAGAAUGAGAAGUUUUACCACCUAACGGAAGGACAUUUUGACCCCAUAAUUUGAUAUUCUAAUUUUAUUUUGAAUAUAACCAUGUCAAAAUAUUUUCCCAAAGAAAGGACUUCCAUGCUGAUGUACAAUAUAUAAGUUUUUUUGACGGUUGCGAAAAUUUUAUAUCAAAAAUCAGAUUGAAAGAACAGAUGGACGAUGUUAUACUAUGAUUGUUUGAAAAGUGUAGAACAAUAACUUUUAAUUUAAUGUUUUAUAUUUGGAGUAUCUUUUCACUUAAUUAUAGACAGAUUCGAUCAAAAUGGCUGAUAACAGAGAUGAAAAGAAAGAUGAUGAUGAUUUGAGUAUUCCAAGAGCAGCGUUAAAUAAAAUGAUCAAAGAACUAACACCAAGUAUACGUGUUGCUAAUGAUGCUCGGGAAUUAAUAUUGAACUGUUGUACAGAGUUUAUUCAUUUAGUGUCAUCUGAAGCCAACGAAGUGUGUAAUAAACAACAUAAAAAAACAAUAUCAGCAGAACAUGUUUUAAAUGCUUUAGACAGCCUUGGAUUUGGAUCAUACAAAGAAGAAGCUGUUGCAGUUCUAGCAGAAGCCAAGGCAGUUGCAGCUAAAAAGAGAAGAGGUAGUUCACGACUUGAAAAUCUGGGCAUACCCGAGGAAGAAUUAUUACGUCAACAACAAGAAUUAUUUGCUAAGGCUCGUCAAGAACAGGCUGAAUUAGAACAACAACAAUGGAUCCAGAUGCAGCAAGCUUUACAACAACAACAAGGUCAAUUAUCAGGUGCAACUCAAGAUGAACAGGAAGAUGAUUAUUCCUAGUAUAGUACUAUUCACAUUGAUUGACUAAAUUUAUGUACUAUUUACUGUUGUCCGAUUGGUUAUAUGUGUGCGUUUCUGGUGUAAGCUUAUUUGUGACUUUAAAAUACUGAAUCUAUGAUCGAUUGUGUCAAUGAGAUUCCAACUUUUAUUACUUUAUUGAAACAAGAGGUAUUAUAACUUCAUAUGAAGACAAAACUGUCUAUAUAAUAAUUCAAGGGUCUGGAAAUGUUCAUUAUUAAAUUUGAACUCUUCCUACCCAGUGUCAAUGAAAUCUUUUAUAAAGUAAUUGAUUGUGACUCAUAUCACUAUAAUGUGGCACCAGGAAACUGGUAGUGGGGAUAUAUUCAUUGCCUAGUAACUCUUCUGUUUGACAGUGACAUAACAGAAAUGUUUGUUUUGUGCAAGCAAUAUGCGUAUGUGGUCACUUUGAAGAAUUAAGUGAGAGAAAAAAGGUGAAUAUCUAUUUGUUGCAUCUAAUUGAAAGCAUCCAAGAUAGGUCUUCCUCAACCUUCUGACAAAUUAAAGCCUUUAUAUUUAGCUGGUUUAUUUUUUUCUCUACAUUCAUUAGAUAGAAAGUCCAGUCCAACAGUGAAAAUUACAUAAUCUAUCGAUUAGUAAGUCCAGUCCAACAGUGAAAAUUAAUCUAUCAAUUAUGAACAAGCAGAUGUGGGUUUUCAUUUACACCUUAGUGGAAAAUCUGGAGUGAGUUGGGUUGUCUGCUUAUAUUUUUGAUUCUAAAAAGAAAUUCAUAGUUGUGAAUUAUAUUUGGGAAAGGGCUACCAGUGGUGUGAAUGUUGAGAAUGGGAAAUAAACUGAAACUAUAACAUUAAAAACAUUGAUCUAUU